AUGCUCUCCCAUGUCCUGAGGGCCUCCAGUGGACGCCUGGGGUGCCGUGGCCUCCAUGCCGCCGCCCCCGCACUGGCAGAGCUCUCGGAAUGGUCGCGCGUGGACCCCGCACAGCUUUCCGGAUCCAGCCCGGCUGCUCUGAGCAACCUGGUGGCUGGCGAGUGGACCCAGACGGCCCAGUCCCUGUCGGUGGUGGACCCCAUGAAUGGCGAGCCCUUCCUCGCCGUCCCCGACACCCAGCUGGACGAAAUCCAGCCCUUCAUCGACAGCCUGCGCAGCGUGCCCAAGUCGGGCCUGCACAACCCCCUCAAGCUGCCGGAGAGGUACCUCCUGUACGGCAACGUGUCCCGCAACGCCGCCGCGGAGCUGCUCAAGCCCGAGGUGGCAGACCACUUUGCGCGCCUGAUCCAGCGCGUGGCGCCCAAGUCCUACCCUCAGGCAGAGGCGGAGGUGUCGGUCACGCGCAUCUUCCUGGAGAACUUCUCGGGCGACCAGGUCCGCUUCCUGGCCCGUUCCUUCGGCGUGCCCGGCGACCACCCCGGCCAGCAGAGCAACGGCUACCGCUGGCCCUUCGGGCCCGUGGCACUCAUCGCCCCGUUCAACUUCCCCCUGGAGAUCCCUGCCCUCCAGCUCAUGGGCGCGCUGUUCAUGGGCAACAAGCCCCUGGUCCAUGCCGACCACAAGGUGGCGGUGGUGCUGGAGGAGUUUGUGCGCCUGCUGCACGCCUGCGGCAUGCCACGCGCGGACCUGGACCUGGUGCAUGGCCGAGGCUCGACGGUGAACGAGAUCCUGCUGCGCGGCGAGCCGCGCAGCACGCUGUUCACGGGGUCCAAGCGCGUGGCGGAGAAGCUGGCGGUGGACCUGCGGGGCAAGGUGUUCCUGGAGGACGCGGGUUUCGACUGGAAGAUCCUGGGCCCAGACGUGCAGGCCUUCGACCACGUGGCCUGGCAGUGCGACCAAGACGCGUACGCGUGCAGCGGGCAGAAGUGCAGCGCGCAGAGCAUCCUGUUCAUGCACGACGCCUGGGCCGAGGCGGGGCUGGAGGCCGCGCUAGCCGCGCGCGCCGCGACGCGCGGGCUGGAGGACCUCACCGUGGGGCCCGUGCUGAGCUGGACCACGGAGGCCAUCCAGGCCCACGUGGCAGACCUGCUGGCCAUCCCGGGCGCGCGCCUGGCCUGGGGCGGGGAGGCGCUGACCGGGCACGCCAUCCCGCCGCGCUACGCCGCCAUCCAGCCCACCGCGGUGUUCGUGCCGCUGGACCAGGUGCUGCGCCCCGAGCACUGGCCCACGGUCACGCGCGAGGUGUUCGGCCCCUUCCAGGUGCUGACGCGCUACGGCGACGCCAGCCUGCCCGACGUGCUGGCCGCCUGCGAGCGCAUGGACGCGCACCUCACCGCCGCCGUGGUGUCCAACUCCAUCCCCUUCCUCCAGCACGUGCUGGCGAACACCGUCAACGGCACCACCUACGCCGGCAUCCGCGGGCGCACCACGGGGGCGCCCCAGAAUCACUGGUUCGGCCCAGCCAACGACCCGCGCGGCGCGGGCAUCGGCACGCCCGAGGCCAUCAAGCUGGUCUGGUCCACACACCGCGAGAUCAUCCAGGACGUGGGACCCGUGCCGGACGCCUCCAACCAGGUCCAGUCCUGA